AAGUGUUGUAUAAUCGGGUCCAACGAUGGACCUGAAGAUGUUUUGUGGUCACCGGAUGUGUGCCAUAUUAGUCGCAACCUUUGUCUUUCUGGUCAUUUUACUUUCACCAGUAUUUUCAGCACCGUUUCAUUCAUACGGAAGAUACAGAUCUCCGCGAGAAAAAGGCUGCUAUUAUUUACUAAAACAUUAUAAGAAUGGCCAACAAAUUGAAACAAAUGAGCCCUGUUUGAACUGCACCUGUAGUAAUAGUAUGCUUAUGUGCUAUCUAAGGGUCUGUCCCUUUAUCCGACCUCUUGGAGAGCGAUGUAUUAUUGAGAAAGUCAAGGGAGAGUGUUGUCCAGCCAUAACAUGUCCGGACGUUCCCGAUCCCGAACCUGAACCCGACUUUCAAACGACUACAACAACAAUGGAACCAAUGGAGUCCGGACCAGGCUGUUAUUUGGACGGACAGUAUUAUAAAGAAGGGGCACAAAUACCACAAGAAUAUGGAAAGCCGUGUGAAAUAUGUUAUUGUUUACGAAAUACCAGUGCGUGUGUCGUCCAAGAGUGCGCUCUUCAGGGUGUCAGUGGUUGUACUCCUAUUUUUAAGACCAACUCUUGCUGUCCAACGAGAUAUAAUUGCUCGAGCAAAGCGGCCACAACUGUGCCAACUGUGUCAUCCAUAAGGGGAGGUAUUUCACGUGCAAGAGGUUGUGAUUUAAAUGGCAUUCACUAUAGCGAUGGAGAAGCCGUUCCUUCAAAGAAUUCUUGCGAACACUGCUAUUGUAUGAGAGAUGAAGUGGUUUGUGCCGUACAAGAGUGCAAACCUCCCUGUGAUGGAUGUGUUCCCAUUCCCAGCGAUAACGAUAGCUGUUGUCCGGAACGAUAUGAAUGUCUUGUCACAACAAGAACUGUGUCCUUCACUAACACUUCAUUAUCAACCACUCCGUCGACUCUUACCACUCGCACAGCCACUGCUACGAGACAACCUUCUGCUAAAAAAGACGACUUUUCAGACACAUUCGAUACGGAGACGUCCACCAAAGCAUCGGGAAUUCCCGGAGAAGUUAAAUCAACUACAAAAUAUCCUGUCAAAGGUAUUGUUCCCGGAGAGAGUCAGAUUAGUGGUCAGGAAAGGACCACAAAAAGGACAACAAAGAGACCCGUUAUGACUCCUGGAAUGAUACCCGGAGAGGGUAUUUGUCGACAAGAGGGCCGAAUCUAUCAAAAUGGUGAUCGGGUUAUAUCCCGUGACCCGUGUAUGGACUACUGUAUGUGUAUUAAUAGUGUUGUCUAUUGCGAUGAAAUAAUGUGCGAACAAAAUGAAUUGACUUUGAAUGACAAAUGCAAGAAAAUUACAGAUGAAAAGCAAUGCUGUCCUAAAUAUAAAUGCGAAAACGGUACUACAAUUGCAACGACAAUAACCGCUACAAGAACUACAAUAAUGAUGGACACGACAAGCAAACAACAAACAGAUAUAUCGACAUCAACUCAAUCAAUGACAACUGUUUCGGGUAUUACAGAGAAAACUAUAAGUGAUAUUCAAUCAACAACUCAAUCAAAAGAAACAGUUAAGACAUCAGAGGCCACAAUAGGUAAAGAAAUGACUACUGUUUCCAUACAACAGAUAACAACUGAAUCAACUAAAGACAUGGAAUCAACAACUAUUGCAUUCAAUAUUACAGAUACAACAAUUAAAUCUACAGAAGUAAUGAAAUCAACUACUGUUUCAGAUAUAAAACAUCCAACAACUGAUGAGAGGUUGUUUACAACAGUUUCACCAAUAAUUUCAGAUAUAAGUCAACCGAUUACUGAAAUAACUGACAAAAUAAAAACAACAACUGUUCCGACAAUUGUUUCAGAUAUUCAACAUCCAACCAUUGUUACAACUGAUGAGACAUUGUCGACAACAGUUUCAUCAAUUGUUUCGGAUAUAAAAACAACAAGUAAACAAAUUGAUGACAUCAAGACAACGAAGAGUGAUAUAGAAAUAACCACUUCUUCAGAACCACCAGUUAUUGAUAAAACAGAUAAAACUAUAUCAGAGACAACACCAGAUAAAAAUGUGACAAUUACUUCAACAAAACAGACAACAAUAAUAGCAGAAGAUAUGGAGUCGACAUCUGUUCCGCCCGUUGUUACAGAUAUAAGACAUUCGACGGUUAAAACAACUGAUGACAUAAUGACAACAACAAGUGAUAUACAGACAACUACUCCAUCAAAACCAUCAGAUUUUGAACAAACAACUAAAAGAACAUCAGAUUCUACAACAGAUAAAGAAGUUACAACUGUUUCGAUAGAAAAGACAAAAACUGAUACAACUGUUACUCCAAUUGUUUCAGAUAAAAGAUUUUCGACAACAAAGACAAGUGAUAUUGAAUCAACCACUCCGUCAACCGAUUUUGAAAAAACAAUUAAAACAACAUCAGAGACAUUGACAACAACUAAAUCAAGAAUAGAUAUGGAAUCAACAACUGUUACACCUAUUGUUGAAGAUAUAAUACAUCCAAUUACUGAUAUAACUGAUAAUAUGAAGACCACAAUAAAUGAUAUACAAUCAACAACUUCAUCAAAACCAUCAGAUUUUGAACAAACUAUUAAAACAACAUUAGAUUCAUCAACAGAUAAGAAGGUAACAACUAUAUCAAUACAACAGACAACAACUGAAUCAACUAAAGACAUGGAGUCAACAACUAUUGCACUCAAUAUUACAGAUACAACAAUUAAAUCUACAGGAGAUAUGAAAUCAACUACUGUUUCAGAUUUAAAACAUCCAACAACUGAUGAGACGUUGUUCACAACAAUUACAUCAAUUGUUUCAGAUAUAAGUCAACCGAUUACUGAAAAUACUGACGAAAUGAAAACAACAUUUGUUCCGACAAUUGUUACAGAUUUAGGACAUCAGACAACUGAAACAACAACAGAAGAAAUACCUAUUGUUAGACGUUUAUCCACAUCUCAGCCAAAAAUUAAUGACACAACUAUUUCGACACUAAUACCAGAUAUGACUUACUCGACAACACAGUCAUCCAUUACAAUCAAAAGUGUCGAUUUUGAUAAAUCUGUAGAAAUGACCACUUCAUCAACUGAUGACAUAUCCGCUAUAAGAGAGACAUCAAGUAAUGAUAUGACCACACAAAAGUCGAUUACAGAUAAAGAGACGACAAUUGUUUCAAUACAUCAGACAACAGAUAGAUCAACUAAAGAUAUAUUGUCGACAACAGUUCCAUCAAUUACUUCAGACAAAAAACAUUUAACAACUGAGGCAACUGAUGAAAUAAAGACAACAGAAAGUCAUAUAGAAAAAACCACUCAAUCAAAACCAACUGAUUUGGAUCAAACAGUUAAAACAAUAUCAGAGAUGAUAACAGAUAAAGAUGUGACAACUAUUUCAAUAAAACAGUCGACAACUGUUCCGUCUGUUGUUUCAGAAAUAAGUCAUUCGACGGUUGAAACAACUGAUAAAACAUUGUCGACAACAGUUUCACCAAUUGUUUCGGAUAUAAGAACUACGAGUGAAGAAACUGAUGAUAUAAAGAUAACGAAGAGUGMUAUAGAAAUAACCACUUCUCCAGAACCACCAGUUAUUGAUAAAACAGAUAAAACUAUAUCAGAGACAACAGCAGAUAAAGAUGUGACAAUUACUUCAACAAAACAGACAACAAUAAUAGCAGAAGAUAUGGAGUCGACAUCUGUUCCGCCCGUUGUUACAGAUAUAAGACAUUCGACGGUUAAAACAACUGAUGACAUAAUGACAACAACAAGUGAUAUACAAACAACUACUCCAUCAAAACCAUCAGAUUUUGUACAAACAGAUAAAGAUGUGACAACUGUUUCGAUAGAAAAGAUAAAAACUGAGACAACUAUUACUCCUAUUGUAACAGAUAUAAGACAUUCGACGGUUAAGACAACUGAUGAAAUAAUGACAACAACAAGUGAUAAAGAAACUAUCACUUCAUCAAAACCACCAGAUUUUGUACAAACGGAUAAAGAUGUGACAACUGUUUCGAUAGAAAUGAUAAAAACUGAGACAACUAUUACUCCUAUUGUAAAGACAAGUGAUAUUGAAUCAACCACUCCGUCAACUGAUUUUGAAAAAACAAUUAAAACAACAGUAGAUAAGUCGACGACAACCGAUAUUUCAGAUAUAGAAAAGUCGACGACUGAAGUCACUAAUUAUACAAAAUCAUUAACUUCAUCGAAACCAUCAGUUGAAACAACAUCAAUGUCUACAACAGAUAAAGAGAUGACAACUGUCUCACAAAUUGUUUUAGAUAUUAAACAUCCGACAACUGAAACAAUUGGUGAUAUGAAUUCAUCGACAAUUGAUAUACAAUCAACCACUCCAUCCGAUUUUGAAGAAAAAGUUAAAACAACACCAGAAGUAUUGACGACUACUGAGGCAACAGAAUCAGUCACUAAACUAAUAACUGAUUUUAUUUCAACGACAAUAUCUGCUAUUAAAUCAAGUGUUAGUAUAGAAUCAACCGACACAUCCAAAUCUGAUGUCACGACAACAUUACAAAGUAUAACCAAAGUUUCAGAUAUUAUGGAUUCGACAACAAGUGAACCAACGUUUACAGGAAUGUCAGUCUCUAAUGUCUCUGAAGAUGUCAAACCUAUUACAACAGCUGUUCCAAUGAAAGUAACGACAGAAGCAAUUUAUAUCACUAAAGAGCCACAAUUGAAGACAACAAUUGCAAUACAAGACACUACUCUACAAGAUGUUACAACUAUUGAAACAAUGACAACACGUGGAGACAAAUUAAAAUCAGAUUCACAUAUAACUACAGAAAUUUCAAAAGAUGAUGAUAUGACUACAAUUGAACCACAAAUACGACAAACAACACCUAAAUCUCGAGAGUCGACAACAAUUUCUACAAUUGAUUUAGAUAUAAGACAUCCAACAACUAAAAUACCCGAAGAAAAGAAAAUGACAGCUAUUUCUACUAAAGAUUCCGAUAUAAGAGAAUCAACGACUGAUACAACUGAUGAUAUACGUCAGUCAACAUCCAGUGAUGUACAAACAACUACUCCAUCAAAAUCAAGUAUUUUUGAACAAACAAUUAAAACAAUAGAUAUGACAACAGAUAAAGAAAUAAUAACUGAUUCAGAUAUAAAACACAUGACAACUAUUUCAUUAGAAAAAACAACUAAAUCUACAGUAGAUAUGGAAUCUACAACUGUUUUACCGAUUUUCUCACAUAUAAGACAUCAGACAUCUGAAAAAACUGAUGAUAUCAAGACAACAAUAAGUGAUAUACAAAUAACCAAUCCAUCAAUUCAGACAACUUCAGAGUCAACAACUGAUAAAAAAUUUGUUACUCAAGAUAUAAUACAUACAACAACUGAAUCACCAAUGGAUAGAAAUGUAACAAAUGUUUCAAUAGAAGAGACAACUAAAUCAACAAUAGAUUUGAAACUGUCAACUGUUCCGCCAACUGUUUCAGACAUUAAACAACAGACAACUGAAUCUAUUUAUGAUAUCAAGACAACACUUAUUGAUUUACAAUCGACUACUUCACCUAAAGUGAAACCAAUUUCUAAGUCGACAACUGAUAAAGAUUUUACAACUGUUUCGAUACAACAGACAACUCUUAAACCAACAAAAGAUAUGGAAUCGACAACAGAUUUACCAAUUAUUUCAGACAAAAAGCAAACGACAACUGAAGAAAUCGAUGAGAUGAAGACAAGUGAUUUACAAUCAACUACUCCAUCAAUGUUUACAAUUAAGACAUCAGAAUUGACAACUGUCUCGAAAGAACAGACAACGAAAUUAUCAAAAGAUAAGGAGUCGACAACAAUUCAGCCAAUGGUUACUGAUAUAAGUCAUCAAACAAUUGAAACAACUGAUGACAUAAAAACAACAAUAAGUGAUAUUCAAUCAACAACUUCAUCAAAAAUAUUAGACUUUGAAAAAACAGUUAAGACAUCAGAAACCACAACAAAUAAAAAGAUGUCAACAGUUUCAAUGAUAGAGUCAACAACUGUUUCACCCGUUAUUUCAGAUAUAAGUCAUGAAACAACAAAAUCAACUGAUGGCAUAAUUACAACUACAAGUGAUGUACAAAUAACAACUCCAUCAAAACCAUCAGAUUUUGUACAAACAGUUAAGACAAUAUCUGAGACGACAACAGACAAAGAGAUAACAACUUUAUCGAUACAACAGACAACUGAAUCAACAACUCAACAACACAUGGAGUCGACAACAAUUUUGCCAAAAAUUACAGAUAUAAGUCAUCUUACAACUGAAUCUACAGAUGAAAUAAAGACAAUAACAAGUGAUAUACAAUCAACCACUCCAUCAAAACCAUCAGAUUUUGAACAAACAGAUAAAGAUGUGACAACUGUUUCGAUAGAAAAGAUAAAAACUGAGACAACUAUUACUCCUAUUGUUACAGAUAUAAGACAUUCGACGGUUAAAACAACUGAUGAAAUAAUGACAACAACAAGUGAUAUAGAAAUCACUUCAUCAAAACCAUCUGGUUUUGACCAAACAAUUAAAUCAAUAGUAGAUAAAGAAAUGACAACUGUUUCGAUAGAAGAAAUAACUAAAUCAGAUGUGGAGUCGACAACUGAAACACCAAAAGUUAUACCUAUUGUCAGACGUUUAUCAACAGCUCUACCAAAAAUUAAUGACACAAUUGUUUCCACAAUAAUACCAGAUAUGACUUAUUCGACAACACAGUCAUCCAUUACAAUCAAAAGUGUCGAUUUUGAUAAAUCUGCAGAAAUGACUACUUCAUCGACAGAUGACUUAUCAACAAUAAGAGAGACAUCACGUGAUGAUGUGACCACAGAAUCAGUUACUAAACUAAUAUCUGAUUUUAUUUCAACGACAAUAUCUACUCUUAAAUCAACUGUUAGUAUAGAAACAACCGACACAUCCAAAGCUGAUAUCAGUGAUUCAACAACAAUUGGCUCCACUUUUACGGUCGCCAAUGUUUCAGACGACUUUAAACCCAUUACAACAACUGUUCCAAUAAAAGAAAUGACAGAAACAAUACUCACGAAAAAAGAGCCACAAAUGGACACAACAAUUGCAAUACAAGAGGUUACAACUGUCGAAACAAUGACAACAAGUGGCGACAAAUUAAAAUCAGAUUCACAUAUAACUACAGAAAUUUCAAAAGAUGAUGAUAUGACUACAAUUGAACCACAAAUACGACAAACAACAUCUAAAUCUAUAGAGUUGAUAACUCUUCAUCCAAUUGAUCCAAACAAAUCAAGAUUGACAACUGAAACUAUUGAUGAUUUAAAAACGACAGUUAAUAUACAUUCUACCACUUCAUCAAAACUUUUUGAUUUUGAAAAAACAGUUAAGACAUCAGAGACUACAACGACACCACCAACAGAUCAAGAGACAACUGUUUCUAUACAACAGACAACAUCUAAAUUACCAAAAGAUAUGGAAUCGACAACUCUUUCAUCGAUUAUUUCUGACAAAAAACAAUCACCAACUGAAACAAUUGAUGAUAUGAAGACAAGUGAUAUACAAUCAACUACUUCAUCAAUUGACAUAACAUUAGAGUCAUUGUCGACAACUAUUCCAUCCAUUAUUUCAGACACAAAACAUUUAACAAAUGAAUCAACUGAUGAAAUAAUGACAACAAUUUAUAUACAAUCAACGACUCCAUCAAUAUUUUCAACUAAACCAACCUCUGAGUUGAUAAUUGAUAAAGAUUUGAAAACUACUGAAGAUAUAAUACAUAUAACAACUGAAUCAUCAAUGGAUAGAAAUGCAACAAUUGUUUCGAUAGAAGAAAGUACUAAAUCAACAACAGAUAUAAAGUUGUCAACUGUUUCGCCAAUAAUUUUAGAUAUAAAACAUACAACAAAUCAAACAAAUGAUGAUCUGUUUUCAACAACAGUUUCACCGUUUGUAUCAGACAUAAGAGACCCGACCACUAAAACAACUGUUACACCUAUUGUUACAGAUAUCAGUCAUUUAAUGAAUGAAACAACUGUUGAUAUGAUGACAACAACAAGUGAUAUUCAAACUACAGUUAAGACAAUAUCAGAGAUAACAGCUAAAGAUAUGACAACUGUUUCACCCAUUGUUUCAGAUAUAAGUUAUGAGACAACAAAAUCAACUGAUGAUAUAAUAACAAUAACAAGUGAUGUACAAACAACUACUCCAUCAAAACCACCAGAUUUUGUACAAACAGAUAAAGAGAUAACAACUUUAUCGAUACAACAGACAACAACUGAAUCUACUAAAGACUUAGAGUCGACAACUAUUGCACUCAAUAUUACAGAUAAAAGUCAGCCGACAAUAAAAACUACAAAAGAUAUGGAGUCGACAACUGUUCCGUCUGUUGUUUCAGAAAUAAGUCAUUCGACGGUUGAAACAACUGAUAAAACAUUGUCGACAACAGUUUCACCAAUUGUUUCGGAUGUAAGAACUACGAGUGAAGAAACUGAUGAUAUAAAGAUAACGAAGAGUGAUAUAGAAAUAACCACUUCUCCAGAACCACCAGUUAUUGAUAAAACAGAUAAAACUAUAUCAGAGAUAACAGCAGAUAAAGAUGUGACAAUUACUUCAACAAAACAGACAACAAUAAUAGCAGAAGAUAUGGAGUCGACAUCUGUUCCGCCCGUUGUUACAGAUAUAAGACAUUCGACGGUUAAAACAACUGAUGACAUAAUGACAACAACAAGUGAUAUACAAACAACUACUCCAUCAAAACCAUCAGAUUUUGUACAAACAGAUAAAGAUGUGACAACUGUUUCGAUAGAAAAGAUAAAAACUGAGACAACUAUUACUCCUAUUGUAACAGAUAUAAGACAUUCGACGGUUAAGACAACUGAUGAAAUAAUGACAACAACAAGUGAUAAAGAAACUAUCACUUCAUCAAAACCACCAGAUUUUGUACAAACGGAUAAAGAUGUGACAACUGUUUCGAUAGAAAAGAUAAAAACUGAGACAACUAUUACUCCUAUUGUUACAGAUAUAAGACAUUCGACGGUUAAAACAACUGAUGAAAUAAUGACAACAACAAGUGAUAUAGAAAUCACUUCAUCAAAACCAUCUGGUUUUGACCAAACAAUUAAAUCAAUAGUAGAUAAAGAAAUGACAACUGUUUCGAUAGAAGAAAUAACUAAAUCAGAUGUGGAGUCGACAACUGAAACACCAAAAGUUAUACCUAUUGUCAGACGUUUAUCAACAGCUCUACCAAAAAUUAAUGACACAAUUGUUUCCACAAUAAUACCAGAUAUGACUUAUUCGACAACACAGUCAUCCAUUACAAUCAAAAGUGUCGAUUUUGAUAAAUCUGCAGAAAUGACUACUUCAUCGACAGAUGACUUAUCAACAAUAAGAGAGACAUCACGUGAUGAUGUGACCACAGAAUCAGUUACUAAACUAAUAUCUGAUUUUAUUUCAACGACAAUAUCUACUCUUAAAUCAAGUGUUAGUAUAGAAUCAACCGACACAUCCAAAUCUGAUGUCACGACAACAUCACAAAGUAUAACCAAAGUUUCAGAUAUUAUGGAUUCGACAACAAGUGAACCAACGUUUACAGGAAUGUCAGUCUCUAAUGUCUCUGAAGAUGUCAAACCUAUUACAACAGCUGUUCCAAUGAAAGUAACGACAGAAGCAAUUUAUAUCACUAAAGAGCCACAAUUGAAGACAACAAUUGCAAUACAAGACACUACUCUACAAGAUGUUACAACUAUUGAAACAAUGACAACACGUGGAGACAAAUUAAAAUCAGAUUCACAUAUAACUACAGAAAUUUCAAAAGAUGAUGAUAUGACUACAAUUGAACCACAAAUACGACAAACAACACCUAAAUCUCGAGAGUCGACAACAAUUUCUACAAUUGAUUUAGAUAUAAGACAUCCAACAACUAAAACAACUGAUUUGAAGUCAACAUCCAGUGAUAUACAAACAACUACUCCAUUGACUGAUUUCGAACAAACAGUUAAAUCAAUAUCAAAGACGACAAUUGGUAAAGAUUUGACAGCUAUUGAAGAUAUAAAAGAUACCACAAUUGUAUCACUAAUGGAUAGAAAUUUGACAACUGUUUCGAUAGAAGAAACAACUGAUAAAUUUACAAAAUAUAUAGAGUCGACAACAGUUCCGCCAAUUGAUUCAGACAUAAGACAUACGACUAAAAAAACUGAUGAUAUAAAGACAAGUGAAAUACAAUCAACAACUUCAUCAUCAGAUUUUGAAGAAACAGUUAAGAUAACAUCAGAGUCAUCGAUGACAACUAAAUCAAGAAUAGAUAUCGAGUCAACAACUAUUUCAUCAAUUAUUUCAGAUAAAAAACAACAAACAACUGAAUUAACUGAUAAUAUUAAGACAAUAACAACAACAAGUGAUAUACAAUUAACUACUCCAUCAAUACUAACAAUUAAGACAACACAAGAUAAAGAUGUAACAGUUAUUGUGGAUUCAAGACAUACCACAACUGAUUCGAUAGAAGAAACUACUAAAACAACAACAGAUAUGGAGUCGACAUCUGUUCCGUCAAUUGUUUCGUCAGAUAUAAAGCAUUCGACGACUGUUUUAGGAAAAGAUACGGAUUUGACUACACUUUCAUCAAUACCAUUGAAAUCUGACACAAUAACUGGCGUUAAUGAUAAUACCAUUUCGACUACUAGUUCGUCGACUUAUACUUCAACUGAUUCACAGUCCACUUCAAGAGUGUCUGAACCAACUAUAAAAUUGACCACAGAUUCUAGUAUAUCAUCGAAUGACUUCAUCACAACUUUGAUGACCACUAGCAGUGAUAUUAUAAAGACAUCAUCUGUUGAUACGACAACAGAGUCAGUCACUAAAAUGAUAACUGAUUUUAUAAAUCAAACGAUGAAAGAAAUUAAAGUACAGACGACAGCGUCUGUGACUCCAUCUUCUGCUUCUUCUAAUGUUUCUUCGAUGACAACUGCGGGUGAAAUGGAUCUUCCAGAGGGAGCCUGUGUUUACGACCAAAGGGUCUACCAAUCGGCCGAACAGAUCCCUCGCCCACAUCCCUGUGAUUUCUGCUUCUGUUUCCGUGGAGAUAUCAUAUGUCUUCAACAGACAUGCCCUCCGCCUAUCGCCCGGUGCUUUGAAACACAUAUCGAGGGUUUUUGUUGUCCACGAUAUGAAUGCCCUGUCCAAUCGACUACAGUUAAUGUAACACUCACUACACCCGGCCCUACAAUGCCUACACAAAUGGUUGAGAAAAAAGGCUGUGAAAUAAACGGAAUCUUUUAUGGUAUCGGAGAAGUGGUUCGGACGGCUAGUAAUCCAUGUCUUGAAUGCAAGUGUGACCACAAAGGAGUCAUGCAAUGUGACCCUAAGGAGUGUUCACCUCAGGCACCGUUACUUUUAAGAAUGAACCGACAGUUCUUUGACGGUUCACAAUCCAAGCGAUGAUAAUUUAUUAAUUAAUUUAUCAAAAAACUAAUUGUUAUUUAUAUUACAAAAUGUCAUAACUAUUUAAAACAAAAUACCAAUCAAAGUGUUCGUCACACUUAAGUAUCGGACAAAACUUAGCGCUCAACUCAUCAAACAAUUACUUAAUUAUUACCAAACAUUUUGUGCCAAAUCUAGUGUACUCUUUAAUGACAAAAAAGGAAACGAUUGGCUAUAAAAACACUUAUUAUUUCUCAAAAAUCAAUUACUCAUAAACAAGAAUAUUGUCCAAGAAGUCACUCAAUAACACAAAACUAUUGAUAUCAAUAUCAGACACAAAAAUCCAUUCAAAAAAUAUUGUAAAUUAAGGUAUUUCUCUACAUUUGG